GGGGCCAGGACGGCUCCCUGUGACAUAUACGGAAGCGCACGUCACAGCAGCCCGCAGAUUGCGGCUGGAAGAGCAGCGGCUUCUGCUGCGGCGUGUGAGCAAGAGCGUUGCAGGCUGGCUUAAACAGAAGUACCAUUUUUCUUCAUCCCUCUGGGCAAACAGGACGAAGGAUGUCGUGGGUUACAGAAGGUGAACUUUCUAUGCUGGAGAGAUUCUGUGCCAGUGUGUUAAAAGCUGGACCGAUGCCCAAGCAUGUGGCGUUCAUCAUGGAUGGCAACCGGCGUUAUGCUCAAAGGUGUAACGUGAGAAAACUGGAAGGACACACACAGGGAUUUGCAAAACUUGCACAGGUGACUCUGCAAUGGUGUUUGUCUCUGGGCAUCCGGGAGAUUACAGUUUAUGCUUUCAGCAUUGAGAACUUCAAGCGGUCCAAGGAAGAAGUAGAUGGACUGAUGGACCUGGCGAGGCAGAAAUUUGUCCGACUUCUUGAGGAACAGGACAAUCUGGAGAGACGUGGGAUAUGUGUUCGAGUCCAUGGAGACCUGACACUCUUGCCACUGGAUAUCCAGAAACUGAUUGCCAAGGUUGUGCUGGCUACAAAGCAAUAUAGCACGUGUAUUCUGAAUAUCUGUUGUGCAUAUACUUCAAGAGAUGAGAUUAGCAAUGCUGUGAAGGAAGUGGCUUGGGGUGUUGAACAAGAGCUGCUGCAACCAAGCGAUGUGUCAGAAUCAUUACUCGACAAGUGUCUCUAUACUUGCAAGUCCCCUCAUCCAGACAUCCUGAUAAGAACUUCGGGAGAGGUCCGGCUUAGUGAUUUCUUACUAUGGCAGACAUCUCAUUCCUGCCUGGUGUUCCAGCCCGUCCUGUGGCCAGAGUAUUCAUUCUGGAAUUUGUGGGAUGCUGUCAUCCAGUACCAGAUGAAUCACAAUGCUUUGCAAAAAGCUAAAGACCUGUACCUAGAAGAAAGGGAUUGGCAGCAGCUAGAAAAUGACAAGAUGUAUGUAACUGAGAAGCUGAAACAAGAAGGGUGUGAGUCCUCUGGUGAUCCUAAACAUCGGCGGGAGCUCUUAAAAGAAUGCAAAGCUCAACGAGAAGAGAGGAUCCAGGGCUUUCUGCAGGCCUUGGAAAAGAAGAGAAUGGACUUCCUUGUCAAACUAACCAUGGUGUCCGCAUGACACGAAGACUCUUGGAAGGGGAAGGGUUGAAAAGAGGAAGUGUGUAAGCCAAGUUAGAAUCUGUGCAGCUACUAUUCAGAGGGUAUCAUUUGAAAAUGGGGUCUACUGAAGAUCUUGUGUUCCCAGUAGACAGGGCAGCAAGGCUCUUUAAAAAAAACUUUUUUUAUUUCUGGUGGUUAUCCAAACUAUGGUUGGGAAUCUUUGUAUUUGGAGCAAGUUACGGAUUCCUAACGUAAUGCAGUUAAAGAGGUGGUGGAGCAUGAGACAAUAAGCUGUAAACUGGUAAAUAAAAGGCAACAUUAUGUAGGGGAUGUGUGAAAGAUCUGCGCAUGCUUGGGUUUCUUUUGUUGUUCCAUUUUCUCAAACUGCAGUCUUUCUGCAAUGCUACUUCAGAGCCUUUUGAAAAAUUGUUUCUGAUGCAGUACAAGGAGGCUGCACUUGUUAAAGUUUAAAGCUGCAAAUGUGUGCACUGGAGAUGAAGCCCUGCUGAACCUGCUGGGGCUCACCUCUGAGCAAACAUGCAGUAGGCUUUAAGAGAAGAGCCCUGCUGUAUGCGCACUAGCCCAUGUACGCAGUAAGUAUGAUCCCCAUGAGUUCUAGAGAGGCUUUAUGAGUCCUCUUCCGGUAAUGAGGUAGACUGGUUAUCCCAUUCUCUUAGUUUUCUGUCUCUAGUUUCUUGAGUCUUUGCUGCCAGAGAUAUUAGAAUUGGAGGGCUGGUGUGUUUAUAGAAUAGCACAGAAGGAUAUGCUGUCACAAUCAUUUUAGUGUGCUGAAGGGUGUGUUCUUCUUGCUCAAAGAGCACUGCUGAGCUUUGGACAGACAUAUUGACCCCAGUCUAGGUUGUUCUACAUGUCUGUAUGUAAUGCAGCAUUCUUUGUUGGGGAGUUUUAAAUUAUGUGUGCACAAGCUCACAUGUAGUGUUUUCAGUUUUUACUUUUUGAUGGCACUUGCCAAUUUUUUUAAAAAAACUGAAUUUGGCAAGCUGGAUGCAGCUGGAAGAAAAUGAUUCCUUUAUCGCACAAAAAUAAAGCAUUUUCAUGACUGGCA